GAUUACGGAGGAGUAUCUGGUGGUGGUGGAGGUAGUGGUAGUGAAGGAGGAGGUGUUACUGGUGGAGAACCUUGUGGUUGUUGGUGGUGGUGAAAGUGGCAGUGGAGGUGGUGACAGAGGUUAAGGAGACGUUUCAAUAGGUGGUGGUUGAGGAGGUGGCGUAGCUGGUGGUGGAGGAGAGGUUGGGGUAGGUGGUGGUGUUGCAAGCGGUGGCGUGGGUGGUGGCAGUGUAUGGGGAAUUGCAAUCGGUGGAGUUAGUGGAGUGGAAGGAGGCGUUGCAGUGGGUGAUACGAGUAGUGGUUGUAGUGGUGGCAGUACUCAAGUAGACAUUUCAGUCGGUGGUGGAGGAAGUGGCGGUGAAGGCGUGGUUGCAGUAAGCGGUGGACUUAAGCCAGCCCUCUCAAUGGAGCUCAAGGGGAUGGACGCCGAUCAGGAAUUGUUCACGGACAAAAGCAGUGGAGCGGGAGGAGGAAGCGGUGAAGCGGGCGGUGGAACAGGUGGAGGAAGAGGAGCAGGUGGUGGUGGUGGACACGAAGCUGCUGGCGCAGGAGACGCGGCCACCGGAGGUGUCGUCAUCCGGGUGAAGGAGAAGAAGGGUCCUCUCCGCGCCGCCAUCCCGCGGAUGCCCAUGCUCGCGGCUGUGCUCUGCCUCCUCUGCAACAUGGUCAUACCUGGUUCAGGAACGCUGCUGUCUGCCUUCUCCGUGCUGUGCGGCGCACGCACCGACCUGCCUGACCGCCACGUGUGCUGCGUCUUCUGGCUCAACGUGGCGGCGGCGCUCAUCCAGCUGGGCACCGCCGUGCUCAUCGUCGGCUGGAUCCUCAGCAUCUUCUGGGGCAUGGACAUGGUGUUGCUCUCCAAGGGCCGUUCCCAGCAAUAUCCCCAGCAGCUGUGAGCGUGGAGAAAGUGGGAGCACGAGGAAGAUGAGGAGGACGAGGAGUGGGAGACGGAGACAAUGACACAUCCACGACCGAUUCUCCUCCGCUGACCAGCACGUGCAAGAAACGCCCCGCGAUUUCUCCACCACGGGCACAGCCGCCCCCUCAAAAUCCUCAUCUUACCAACAACCACGCCGAUUCUUACCUCAUUACUUUACAGGGGAUCGUUAAACCAUCGCACAAUUCUGCCAACGCUUAAAUAAAAUUGCUCGGCCCAGUGGUGGCACCACCACGUGGCCUUCAAUGCCAUCGGGUGUAUUCACCUGCGAGAAAUGUACGUUCGUAAAUUUGACGAAUCCAUAGAGAGGUGUGAGUUGGUCUUGGGCGGUGUGAUUAGCAGUGGUGGAAGAGGCUUGGAGUCAAGGUGAGUGAGGGAAUGGGACCAUCAUUAGUGUCACUAGUCAAUGACGAUGGUGCCUUCGUUCACCCCAGCGUCAUCCCCAAGCAAGAGAUGAUAAAUUCCCCCCCCCAAAAACCCGCUGACAACUGUGUUCCCCAUCCGUAAAUAUCACCUGCACCAGCGCCAGGUGUUUGGUGGGUGCUGAAUUGCAAAGAAACACAUUUCUGUAAAUUCUGACCUGGUUGGGCCUUUUGUUUGAGUUUUAACCCCACUGAAAUCGAGUCUGGUUUGAGCAAAUGACCAACUUCAGCCAAAUACGUUCUGACCCAUCGUGCUUUUCUUUUAGGGGUGGAAGGAUGCAUCGAUUCACGAAUCAAUAUUGUUUUUUAAGCUCACAAUACACUCAUCGAAUUACACUUGUAAGACUCUACCAAUUAUAAUGCCUUUAUAAUUGGUAGUUGUAUGGGAAUGGGUUGAGGCACUGCAAUUAAAUAAUAUUGGAAUCUUGAAUUGCAGUGUGACUUUCAAUUGUGACAAUUGGUCGGAUUGCCAGGUAGUGAAUCUUUCCACCCUAGAUUGAUCAGACUCGUUAAAAAAUGAUUUCUAUCUGACAAAUGGACAUUCGUCACCUUUGUGCUGGAUGUACAGGGCGAUCAGUUUACAGAUACUCCACUAAAAUAUGGAUACAUUCUAGAGACGUAGAAUUUUACUUAAAAGCCUCAGCAUUCCUCCCACAAUCCCAGUGUGCUCAUUAAAUCUGUAACACUCCUCUAUGUACGAUAUGGAGCUAUCGCUUUCGCAAUAUUCAAUCACCUGUUGAGAAGAAAGUAAGAGGGCGUCUUUAGAUGUCGGUGCGGAGUAUCUGUAAAUAGUUAACCCUGUGCAAUAUAAUUUACACUGACUAUAUAACACAGAUCAUGUGUCGUAAAAAAACUGACCUCUAGCUCUAUAAAUCCGUAACAUGAAAAUGUAUCAUCUACAGUGGCUUGGGGUGGAAGCCAUCACUACUUGUCAAUGUAUAAUAAGACGCGUGUCAGGCCCGCCAGGUGCAUUGACAGCCCCAAAACCAUGACCCUGCCCUGACAAUCUCAUCUGCCCGGCCCUCUGGCUGUUCUUUCAGCCCUAUGGGUCCACAUCUCCAGACUGUAAAUUGUUAGGCGCAAAUAGCCAACGUGUUAGUAUUGUCCAUUGACGAAAACAAAACACGAAUUUAACCAUGACAUGAAGCCUCAUGGAGGAAUGAACAAAAUAAUUACAUUUAUUUUAAAAGGAGAAAAAAACAUAUUCCACAGAAUUAUUUUGACGUUGCAUUGCAGAACCUUAGAAGCGUUAUUAGGAAUUGCGAUUAAUAAUAUAAUAUGGUGCCAAAUUGUUCAUUUGUGGUAUAUUAUCUACGUAUUUCCUAUUCGUUGUGAUUUAUUACACAGUAUUUAUGAUUGUUAUUAUUUGUCUGCUGGAAUUCCACACGCUCGUACAUUUAUAUACAGAAAACGUUACACGUGUGCAUUCCAGCUGUGACGCACAUGCGCACACACACAUGCACACCCUCUUCGUGCAUCACAUAGGUGCUUCUACUCGCAGUGUAGUACAUGUAGUGUCCACCUUGCCACGGUAAAAAAAAUGCUGCCAAUAUGACACUCGCAGCAGCUUGAAACUUCCUGGAGCUACCGGUCAUUGAAAAAAGACACCAGACCACAACCCUCUAACCCGGUUUGCUUAUCUGCUAUUCUCUCUUCACAUCAUUGCCUACAGGUAGCAGUUGUUAUUACCAAGAUGGCUUCUGAAUUUCUCAUGUUUUCUGAAUUUCGAGUUGUGAUAUCUAGUAGUGGUGUAACGUUGCGCCAAUUUGUUGACUAAUAUUAAUAUAUUUGUUAAUCUCGCGAGACACACAUUCAAUAAUGCGCAUUUGAGAAUGGACGCUUAUUGCAAAUUCCGACGUUGUACGGAAUGGGUUCACGGUGAGCCCAGUUCGGGGCCACUACAUUCACCAUAAUGUAAGACACAAAUUGAUUCUUGUAAUGAUAUCGGGACAAUUUGUCGAAUCACCAUUUGAUGGCGCGGAGAAUGAUCGUUCCAACCGCUAUUAUCUACUGUACCCGAAUUCUCUGAAUUAGUGCAGUAAUGAAGCCACUCACACACACACAUAAGAUAUCUCAUUUGGGCCGUGCAAUUUAGAGGACAAGUGUUGUUUGGGAGCACAUAUAUCUUGCUUAUUUGAACUGUUCCUGGGUGAUUCAUAGCAUACUGGGUUAAAAACUGUAACGAAAACAGGACCGCAGUCAGCUGAUACAUCGAUAUAUUUCUCUUCCUCGUGGUGAGAGGGGGAACAAUUUAUUUGAAAAAUAUAAUCAAGGCACAGUGCAGUAAAUGUGUGUGUGGGUGUAUGAUUAAUGCUGCAUGGCCACGUUACGUAUCCAUUACAUUUCAGAAGUUUUAAUUUUGGCUGUCUCUGUACAUGGAUGCUUUUACAGGAGUUCGAGUGCAGGGUAUACAUAUUGGCAGCACAUGGCUCAUAUAUACACGAUGCAUACACUGACAAGCACGCAUACGUACUUACACGCCAGUAUCGUUAUCCAGGUUCUCAUAAACUUGCUCAAUUCAAGAGAUGUAUUCUCUCCUUACCUAUUACACCUUCAAUAGUGCCGUUUGUUGCUGGCCGCCUAACGUUUUGUGCAUUUGGGCCUGUGCUCAGCUUUCGUUAUUUAAAAAACAAAGGACAAACAGGCAGGCAUGUAUAUGCCCCUCUCACCAAUUUCGAGCACCCUGGGAGAAUUUACAGGGUUCACACAUGAACUGCCACCGAUUAUAUAUACGGUAGAUGCUCAGUGCUGAGAGCUGAUAAUAGGGAUUUAAAUAAUUCAAAGGUCAUUUAGCUCCUCCCACCUUUAGCUGCAGCCCGAUGCCAAUCGCAGAGGGUGGGUGACAGCAUUUGCAGGCCAAAAUAUAUAUAAACAAUGGAUAAAUUGUAGGUGUGUGCCGAAAUCCACGUCGAACCACCGUGCAUAAUUGUUCAGUCACUGAUAAAUGCACGCACGGUAACAAUUAUCCCGUACACACAUCCCUGCAGCGGGUUGGCGUACAAAUACAGGAGCAGCAACAGCCUCUCGAGGGGUCAGCAUAUUCACCCAAAACCCUGAGUGACAAGUUCCCGUCGUGGUUAAUGAGGCCGGACCUCAUCGUUAUGGCUAUGUACAUAUAUAUUUAUUUUCAUCGUUGCCUAUAACGCUGUGCACAAAAUUGCGCUACGUGAUUACACUCACCACACUGAAAAAAAUAUAUAAUAACGCGAAACGAGCGCUGGGCUACAUUAAACGGAAGACGGUAGCUUACUCUUGAAGUGUCAUGCAUUGAAUGGCGUGGCAAUGUUUUGGCCUCAUUAAUGUGCGUGACUCCUCCGGAUGUGUCUAUCGGUCAGCGUAAGUGGGAGAAUUAUUAGGUUCGAUGUAAACGUGAGCCACAAGCACACGGCUAUGGCAGACUGUAUCUCAAUCCGCCUCUACAUUAUCUAGUUCAAUGCAUUCGCACUUUAUAGUGUCCUUAUAUAUUAGGUAGGCUGUAGUCUUUAUAUAUAUGUAGUUUUGUAGGCGAAUAUGCGAGCUCACGCAGCAUUGGUUAUACGUUUUACAAUGCAUAGGAUCAUCAUUAGACUUCCUUUGCUAGUACCAAAAUUUAAUAAUAGGGGUUUUCCCCUUUUUUCUGGCAACAAAACUGAAACCUUAUUACAAGGAUUCAUGUCUGCAUUAACCAGAAUACUUGCAGUCAAAAUGCAAACAAAAACAUACUAUGAUUAUACAUGCAUUGUCCUUGAAACUGAUUGGCCCACACCAAGGGACGGCUUUCUUUUGAGCCUCGACCCAAUUGGUGCUCGACCAGAAGACGCCAAAAGGCGUUUAUUAAAUGCAUAGGAUGUACGGAUCGGUUGCUGAACAAUAUUAAACGUAUAGCCCAAAGUACGUGUGUGCAUCUCUUUUAGAGAUGAAUAAAAGUGUUAAUGUUAUUAUUUAUGAAUUUAAUGGAAUAAUUAAAGUGCAUUACUGUUGUAUAUAAAGUGCGCACAUUAA